UUUGUUCACUCGCCACCUUUGAAACAAGCACAGCUUCUGACGAAGACGUUCCAACACAAACUUAAACAAACAAAACUCUACGGAAACAGACGUUUUAGACACACGGAGAGCAGAGGAGGAGGUGGAGGAAGUGAGGAUUGUUUCCGUGGUUUGAACAACUGACAUGAGCGCGGACUUGGAGGAGCAGGAAGACGAGCUGCUCGCCCUCCACAGUAUCUUUGACACCGAGGAAUUUAUCCGGAAGGAGUCGAACAAUGCCGGAGAAUUACGAGUGUCGGCGGAGCUUCCGGCACAUUUCAGUGUGUCACUGACAGAAGGUGAAACAGUGAGACAAUAUGAAAUCUCAUUCCUUCCACAUCUGCUCCUGACCUUUACCUUCCCCGCAGACUACCCAUCCUCCUCUCCUCCCUCGUUCACCCUCACCUGCAGCUGGCUCACGCACACACAGCUCUCUGCACUGGGAUCUCAUCUCACUGAUCUCUACCAGGCCACAGGAGGUGCUGUGGUGCUCUUCUCCUGGGUGCAGUUUCUCAGAGAGGAUGUCCUCAGGUUCCUGGAUAUUCACACUACUCUGGAGCUCCCCUCAGACGACCACAGCACUCAGGACUCACAGAAUACUGCACUGUCAUUAACAAAGAAUAAUCCAGGUGCUUCAGAAUCAGGAUCCACAGAUGAACAAAGCUGGAACAGCACAGAUGUGGAAGUCUCAGCCUCUGCCUCCUCAGGAGAGUUGGAUACACAAGGAGCUGCUGCUUCUCUGCCGGUCCAAGAAACCUUGACCACUGAUCUCUCCGUGACUCCAUCACAAACCCUGCUGUCCCAGAUCCUGAUCCAUGAUGCUGAGCAGAGACAGAAGGCAUUUGCCUUCACAGUGUUUGACUGCAGCGUGUGCUGUGUGGGCUGGCUCGGUUCAGACUGUGUGCACUUGUCCGAGUGUGGACACAUCAUCUGCAAGGGUUGUCUCGCAGAGUUCUGUAGAAUCAGGAUAACAGAGGGGAACGUCCGCGGUGUCGCCUGUCCUCAGGCAAACUGCACAGCCAGCCCCACACCUGCACAGGUGAAAGAUCUGGUGGGUGACAAGCUGUUUAGCCGCUACGAUCGUCUCCUUCUAAUGUCCACUCUGGACCGCAUGUCUGAUGUCACGUACUGUCCCCAGCGUGCCUGUGGUUCUCCCGUCAUCCUGGAGAAGUCCAGCACUGCAGCAAUGUGCUCUGUGUGCAAUUUUGCUUUCUGUGUCACCUGCAAAAAGACAUACCAUGGAACCAACACCUGUGCGCCAAAGGCGAGUGUGGCGAAAGGACAGAUUCUCACAGACGAACAGCAAGGCGGUGCCGAUCUGCCACAGUCACGAGAGGGGAUGAAGGUUCUGAUGGACGACUACACUGGAGGCAGUAAAGAGAGGAAGCGCCUCCUGCUGAGCAGAUACGGACGCAAGGCGAUGCAGGUCGUCCUGCCGGAGUAUCUGAGCGAAGACUGGGUCGUCAUCCACAGCAAGAACUGUCCGCACUGCUUCUGCAAAAUACAGAAGGACGGAGGAUGUAACAUGAUGACCUGCUCCAGGUGUAGACGGCAUUUCUGCUGGCGAUGUCUCACCAGACUGCCUGAAUUUGGUGCAGGUGGUCACUUUGAGGACGGUACCUGCUCGCUCCAUACAGGUUACGACUAAAACCAGUCCUUCACCUUCACCCUGCUUUGACCAACAGCCAUUUGUCAUACUGAUUUAUGACCACCAGGUGGUGAUAAUAAACUACAGAGCAACUGUAAUUACUUUAGGGCAUCUAUUCCCAAAUUCAGGUCCAAACCCAAACCUUGAACAAACAACUCUGACUAGGAUUAAUAAUUCCCAUAUAGAGUAUAUUAAUGUUUUUAUGUGACUCAGUCCAGUUCAUGUUGCAUAAUCUUUCCGCAUGUGCAUGUGGUUAUUACAGCUAGGCUACAUCAUAUACGUCAUAUUUGAAAGGUUUAGCUUCACAACAAAGUGCGUUAUUAUCCAUUGAUAUAGAUUGAUAUAGAUAUCCAUUGAGAUAUAUAUAUAUAUAUAUAUAUAUAUACAUAUACAUAUAUGUAUAUAUUUAUAUAUUACCAGCUAUACUAGGUCAGAUAAAAGAAAAACAACUCAUCAUUUAAAUGUUAUGGAUUUGUUUUAUCCCUUUAUAAGUAUUUAUUAAAAUAUGUUGAACAUAUUUUACAAUUUAAAAGUUAAUUACAAAACUGAAUUUAAUUGUAGGCCCACCUACAGUACACUUGGAAUGACUGCUUUAGAGGUGCACUUUGGGUUAAACAAUAUGCUUAUUAUUUAUUUGGUAUGUAUGAUCAGAAGAUGUCAGUUUUACAGGUGAGUUUUCACCAGUCAAUGUCUCUAAAUGUUUUUUGUUUUACUCAAGCAGAUGAUAAACCAAAGAUAUUCUAUGUGCAUUUUAUUAAAGAUGUAAAGCUAUAA